UUGAACUGAUGACGUUCCAUAUCUGUGUUGACAAGUAAAGUGGGUGGAUGAAGAACAUUUAUAAUCAUUAAAAGGUUCCCUGUUUCGAUCUACUUUACAUAAAUGAGCCUUUAGAUUCAUAUAAAGUUUUUGGAAAGUAGGUGGUUGGGCCCCAGUCAACAUGAUUGGUGGUUUAUUUGUAUAUAACCAUAAGGGCGAAGUCCUGAUAUCAAGAGUAUAUCGGGAUGACAUAGGGAGGAAUGCUGUGGAUGCCUUUCGAGUAAAUGUUAUUCAUGCAAGGCAGCAAGUUAGGUCUCCAGUUACCAAUAUAGCUCGCACCUCAUUUUUUCAUAUAAAGCGAGCAAAUAUUUGGAUCGCUGCCGUGACCAAACAGAAUGUAAAUGCCGCCAUGGUAUUCGAAUUCCUGCUUAAAAUCAUUGAAGUUAUGCAGUCCUAUUUUGGCAAGAUAUCCGAAGAGAACAUUAAGAAUAACUUUGUUCUAAUUUACGAACUAUUAGACGAAAUACUUGAUUUUGGAUAUCCGCAAAACUCCGAUACGGGCGUUUUAAAAACGUUCAUUACUCAGCAAGGCAUCAAGUCUGCUACCAAAGAGGAGCAAGCUCAAAUCACAUCUCAAGUAACUGGGCAAAUUGGUUGGCGACGUGAAGGUAUCAAAUACCGUCGUAAUGAGUUAUUCUUGGACGUGUUGGAGUAUGUUAAUUUGCUAAUGUCUCCGCAAGGUCAAGUUCUUUCUGCUCAUGUGGCAGGAAAAGUAGUAAUGAAAUCAUAUCUGUCUGGUAUGCCAGAAUGCAAGUUCGGAAUCAAUGAUAAAAUUGUCAUGGAAGCUAAAGGCAAAGGAGGAAUUGGCACUACGACGGAUUCCGAUCCAGCCAGAUCCGGUAAACCCGUAGUGGUUAUUGACGAUUGCCAAUUCCAUCAAUGUGUUAAGCUGAGCAAGUUUGAAACCGAGCAUUCCAUUAGUUUUAUUCCUCCAGAUGGGGAGUUUGAACUUAUGAGAUAUCGCACUACCAAAGAUAUAUCUCUUCCAUUCAGAGUGAUACCGCUUGUUAGAGAAGUUGGUCGCACAAAAAUGGAAGUUAAAGUUGUUUUGAAAACUAACUUUAAACCUUCAUUGUUGGGGCAGAAAAUUGAAGUGAAAAUUCCUACUCCUUUGAACACUUCCGGCGUUCAGCUAAUUUGCCUGAAGGGCAAAGCCAAAUAUAAAGCAUCUGAAAAUGCUAUUGUCUGGAAAAUCAAACGUAUGGCAGGAAUGAAGGAAACUCAGCUCUCUGCGGAAAUUGAACUGUUAGAAACCGACACGAAGAAAAAAUGGACGCGUCCUCCUAUUUCAAUGAAUUUCGAGGUUCCGUUCGCCCCAUCGGGCUUUAAGGUGAGGUAUCUAAAAGUAUUUGAACCUAAAUUGAAUUAUUCCGACCAUGAUGUUAUUAAAUGGGUGAGGUACAUUGGUAGAAGUGGACUGUAUGAAACCAGAUGCUAACUCGAAUAGGCUUGAAAGGUAGACGUGUCGUAUCAAGUAGAAAUACUCUGUAUUGUUAGUCCAUAAUAAAUACCUUACUGGUAUGCAUAUACAGGCAAGGUACUUUAUCCUAGGCUCCCUUCUGAUCCCAAACCGAUGUGUUAUCUAAAAUUUGUUUUUAUUUUAUAUUUAAUUUGGAUCUAAAGCAGCGGCAACAGUUAAAAAAACCAAGAGUGAAAUUCCCGAUAUCUUACGAGCUUUGUCUUUGAAUAAUUUAAAUGUGUUGUUUCAAUAUGAAACACCAUAUAACGAGACCCAACCGGAUGUGAAAUGUUGGCACUUGAUGUUUGAAAUAUAUUACUUUUUUUCCUACAUGAUUCAAAAAUUGAAAUAAUUCAAUUCGCGUUGUUACGGUAGUUUUCGUGAUUUAUGAAGAUUCUUCGACAAGAUGUGGCAUAAAGUAAACGGUCCACCCUGUAUAUAAAGUAACAUAUGUUCAUUGUCCUUGCAGUCAUUUGUUCUAAAGUCUUACUUUAUGACGCUCAGUUAUACCCUUGGAUUUAUUUUUUGUAUUUAUUUGUAUUGUUGUGUGCGUUUGCGAAGUUUCAAGUAUUUCAAUUAAUGUAUACUGGUGUAACACACUAAAGCCAUUCAUUUGUUUUACGAAUAAGUCAUCUGUAUGCAUACCUUUAUGAUAAGUAAUUAUUGAAACUUUUGUUGUCACGUAUAUAUCGAAAAUUAUUAAAUAAUUUUGCGCAUUAUUGUCGCAAUACAAAGACCCCAACAAGCGGCAUUGUGUGACAAAAUCCGAUACAUUAUGCUAAUUGGAAAUCAGUAGAUAUAUUAAUUGUAUUUGCAUAUUUGUGGAAUUAUUUGUAAAAAAAUUGUUUCACCAACCAGCAGACGAAAGUGUUUCAGCUUUCCGCAAUUCUCGUUUAAUUGCAAAUUUCAAGUCUAGCAUAACUUAAUAUAUACAAUAAAAAUAU